AUGCCCUCCUCCGCUCCCAGCCUCCACAGCACCGUCGGCACCGCUUCCACCUCCCAGUCCCCAGCCGCCAGCCUGGGCGACACCCCACCAACCCACAAAAUCAACCUCUCCCUCGCCCCACGCGCCCGCUACGCAUCCCUAGCGACCGCCUACGCCCCGCGCCUCCGCAGCAUAACCUCGAUUUUCGACACCCUCGUCCUUGAGAUCUUCCCAGACUCGUACCUCCCCUGGAUAAAGUCGCUCGCACGGGUGUGUCUGCGUCGCGUGUACGAUGACGAGGAGACGGAGGAGAUUCGUGGCAUUGCCGAGGCGACGGGGAUAGAGGUUUAUCUUGUUGUUUGUCUGAAUGUCUUGCUGGAUCUGCUUAUGGGGUGUACGAGUGGGGCGGCGUUGUAUAAACCUGCGAGGGGAGAAGGGGAGGGAGGUGAAGGGGAUGGACAGGCGAGGAUGCUCCAUUUCCGCACGUUGGACUGGGACAUGCCCGCGCUGCGCGAAUUGCUCGUGACGUUGGAAUUCGUCGAUAGCGAUGAGCCUCACGCGCCAGUGCUCGCUCGGAAUAUCACGUACAUCGGCUUCGUAGGCGUCCUCACGGGCGUGCGACCAGGUCUAAGCGUUUCGCUGAACUUCCGUCCGAACCACGACGACGAUACAUGGGUGAAGAACUUCAAGUACUACGGGCGCCACCUACUCGUCCUCUUAGGCUUCAGACGUUCGAUAUCGUCUCUCCUCAGACAAACAAUCAUUCCAUCGAAAUCGCUGAAACCGAGCUGGCUCUCAUACCUCUGGCUAUGGAACCGGAACCGCGCCCAACAGCCCCUCAACACCCUUCCACUGAACCAAACAGUCUCCCACAUCCUCUCAGCCCCCUCAACAGCCUGCUACCUAAUUCUCAGCGACGGUCGUGAGACCUACGUCCUGGAAAAGGACUACAAAACCACAACCGUCGAAAGCAGCUCGUCGUUCAUUGUCGCAACGAACAACGAUCGCAGCACAGAAGUCCCGCGCUCAGGGCCAACCGACCACUCGUCGCGACAAGAACACACGGGCGCGUCGCUGAUGACAGCGGGCGACCCAGUCCUGCUCGUGGAUUUCAUCAAGGAUAGCAUCGAGCGGCGCGCGUGCAUGCAGGCGCAUUGGGAUAUGAAGCUUGCGAGCGCGAGGCAGGCGAUUCGACGCGCGAGCCAGGGGUCCGGUGUUAGUAUCGGCCCUGUCACUGCGAGGAGUGACCCGUUGAAGAGGACGAGGUCGAGUCAGAGCCAGAGACAGACAACUCAGUCUCAAACUCAGGCCUCAGAGUCGACUCCGCCUGCUCCGGCAGAGCACGAAGUUACCACGACAUUGGAGGAACUCGUGACCUGGACGUCGAGGUAUCCGACUACGAACGAGAUGACGCAUUUCGCGACGGUGUUGGAUCCUGUCAAGGGGUCUAUCGCGUGGAUCAAGCGGUAUCUUGAGCCAUUGGAGUGUGACUGGGAAAUGACGGAUUUCGAGUGA